AUGCUACUCUCAACAUCUUAUCAUCUAUUCGGAUGUUCAAGCAAAUCAUCAAGGCAAAAAUGGCUCCGAUGUGAUAUUUUUGGCAUUACUGCUGGUUUAAUUGGAAUGUACACUGUUGGAAUCUAUAGUGCUUUCUACUGCUUUGAGCAACUGCGUACCAAUUAUUUUACAAUGCUGAUGGGUCUGUUUGCAAUAAGUGCUUAUAUGCCUUCUUGCGAUAACUUCAUGGAACCAAAGAUUUUUGGAGGUCGGAUUGGAUACCUUCAUCUUACUUACAUCGCCAUUGUUGCUUUUGGUGUUUGCCCAACUGCUCACUGGGUUACCUUACAUGGCGGACUGCAAAAUGAGCAUGUUGCGGCUUGGCUACCAAAGAUACUUUUGCUGUACAUAUUGACUGGAUCAGGAUUUUUCUUUUAUGCCAGUAUGGUUCCAGAACGAUUCAAACCUGGUGUAUUCGAUAUUUUUGGUAGCAGUCAUCAGUGGUGGCAUAUGUUAAUAUUUGCGGCUAUGUUCUUUUGGUUCCGCUCAGGCAUUGAUCUUCUGACGUUUUAUCGAACAUUAGAUACUGAUUGCCCUGUAAUGACACAGCAAUUCAAUCAAACAUAUCUUCAGUUAUGGUAA